AUGCAGGACGCGGUCCGCCCUAGCGAGCAACGCGCUCGUCGCGCGUUCGCCCAAGGAUAUCAGACGUGGUCUGCACUCCAUAGAAUAUCCUCUGAGGAGACGGGCUUGUGGAGAGAUUGCCUUCAGCGCAUGCGAACCGCCUUCCCUGAUCAUCCCCGGCUUCCCCAAAACGUCAAGGCCGACAAAAACUUCAGAAACGUCGCCUUGGUUAAGGCCACUACGACAUGGCUUGUAGUCAAUGAAGUUGAUCAUUUGCCGCCCUUCAAAGAUGAAUCUACUUUCCACGUUGCCUGGGAUAAGCCAACCAAGAUGAUUCUAACGGCAGAUGGUCGACAUUCAAGUGCAACUCUGCCUGAUAUCUUUGGAAAGCAUAUUCGCCACAUACCUGUUCUAUGGGCUGAGCUCGUCCCCGGCGCCCAUCUAUUCAGACAUGACAUUUCUUUGUCAAAUGGGAACACCAGCAGAUCACCGCUCGAACACAACAGCAAAUCUCCAGUGACCAUAAAUCUAGGAGCAGUCAGCGAAGGCGCUGCUCAGUGGUGGACUGCCUUACUAUCUGUCGAAAGAGGCUGGAGUGCGACAAUGUCCAACAAGGAGGGCAGAUGUCUUCAUUCACCAUGGUCCAUAUCUCUUGAGUCAGAAAUUCCCAUCCUUAUCUCAGUAGAGGGAAAGUCUACAGCCUCAGCAUCUGCAGAUGUAUCGACUACCUUAUCAGAAGCAUAUAGCUAUCUUGCCGAAUAUUGUAGCGUCCAUCGUAUCGACGAUGAUGUCUAUCUUGCAUCUUUGGCAGGAGCCUUGAUGAUCCCUGCCUCCAAAUAUGACGGCCGGUCGAUCGCCCUACCGGUCCCAGACGCCCAUUGGGGUGAGAAAAUGGAAGAGGAUAGACGCCAACAUCAAACAUCUUCGACUCUCAUGGGCAUAAACAAUGUUCAAUUCGAUAGAUUAUUGACACUUAGCUGCAAUGCCAAGGGAAUCAAAGCACUUCUCACCAGUGUAUUUUACCCUGAAAUUGGAUUCUUAUGGCUUGGUUCGUUUAUCACAGGUGGUAACGAUAAAACACUUCGAGAAGGCCGCGCUGGUUGGUGGAAUAUCGAUCUUGGAGCAGCUGCGUGGACAGGGACACUGAUGUCCUUUAUUCAGAUGCCAGUCCCUCAGUUUGCUACAGACACCCGGUCAAUCUCACGUGCCGAUGAAUGCAGACUACUUUAUCUUUGCCAUGACAUCAAUUAUACUAUUCCGCCGCUGUUUCCCUUCCCACCAUUCGGCUCGACUGCCAUAGAAGAUACAAAUAUUGAUGUUCACGAACAUAUACUCUGUGGCUGGGACCACAGUCUCAGGUUUUCGCAUCUUACUUGGCACUGCAGUGAUGGCACAAAGGUUCAGCAGGGUCCUAAAGUUCCGAGCAUGGCAACGAGGUUGAAGAAUGGAGUGCUCCAGGGUUCUGUCCCGGAAGAGGAGGUAGAUUACGAGGAGUAUGAUUCAGAGGAUGAGAAUUCUGAAAUGGUGACUCGAAACAUAUUCACUUGGCUUCGCGGAGAUGAUGGGUUCCCAGUUGCCGAGAGGGCAAUUCGUGAACACGAGUGGAUUGAUAACUUGGACUCUGAAGAUGAUGAACCCAUUGAAGGAGAUGUACAUUCUUCGUUUGAUGGACAUCUUCAUGGAUGGCUUUUAAAAACAUCAGCCCAUAGGUCUAAUUCAAUUUAA